AGAGUUUCGAAUUGGUUCGACCACUGAUUGCCCUUCUCCAUCCUGACAAGAAGGUAUGAAAUACACAAUCAAACGGGUACAUUUAUCACUUUUGCCUCAAAACUGUUUCUUCUUGAAGUCCAGUAAGGAUCAUUACUUGUCGAGCAAAUUUUAUUGCUGGAGUAAACAGUAGUGUGGGGAAAAAAGCUUUUUAUACGCAAUUUGAUUGGUCAAUAGCCGUGCACGAUCAGUCUAUCCCGCAUGAGGAAUUAAAAUGCCUUCGCGGGAUUUUCGCGGGAUUCUCAAAAUGUCAUUGUUUCACUGUAGUUAUUUUAUAAAACAAUUACCAAAUGGUUUUCCGAGAAGGAUAGCGUGAUCCAUCCACUUGGGAUGUUGCUCGACUUUCGGAAAGCGUAAAAAUACACUCGCCUGCGGCUCGAGCAGAUUUACGCUUUCCGAAAGUCUCGCGACAUCCCUCGUGUAUGGAUCACGCAAUCCUGCACGGAAAACCAUUCGGUAUUCCUUCUAGUGCUGUUUGAUGGAAUCGUGGCGAAAAUAUAAUCAGAUAAUUUCCUAGACGAAGUGAUUGGACACUUUGGUCGCAGAGUUGACGAGUACACGCAUGCCCAGUGACUAUGCCGCCUUUUUUGAUAAUUCUGGUUUUUGUAUAUUUAGAGUUUGGAACAAUUCGAAUCUCUCAUGGCUCUUACUAACCUGGCUGGAAUGAACAAUGACGUCAGGUGACUAUACUGUUUACAAUUCCAUGAAGGCUCGAUAUCAAACGAGAAACCCUUUCCCGCGCGAGAAUUACACAUUGACAGGGCGCUGUAUGUUACAGCGCCCUGACAUUGACAAGUAAAAUCGUCUGCGGCAUUAGAAUAUAACAACUAGGGUGCGCUUCGAGACUGCAUACCUCCGUUAGCGAUUUAAAUUAUGUAUCAUGCGUAAAUUAUACAAUGGGAUAAUCUUUUAAAAGAUUACUCAUUCAAAAACUUUGUAAAACAAUUUAAUUGUUAGAUAGAAACAACUAUGGAUCUUUUUUAAAAUACACGACCGGGUCACAGGGUACUUGACACGGAGAUGAAUGACUAUCACUGUUUCAAUUUUACAGAAAAUCUUUCUUACGAAGUUUAGACCCUAAGCAACAAAAAAAUGUCAAAUUUUCACUUUGAUCUAUCAUUGAAACUUCCCCAAGGAGAGGUGCAAAACGAUCUCAGGUGAGGUGCCCACUUUCCCACACCACCCCGCAAACUCCUGUCAUGGUCGAUACGGACAGGAAAGAGUUAAUUUCUAUUUUAUCAUUACACAGGAAGCAUAUUUAUCGCGAAAGAGGGGUUCCUGAUAUCGAGAGUUUGUUGUUCGAAGAUCAUGAGAUGAUCAGGCGUGCCGCUGCCGAGUGCAUGUGCAACCUCGUCUACUGUCAGGAGGUAAGCAUCAAGGCUAUGAGAGGUGCACCCCCCCCCCCUUAAAUCCAUUCCUGUUUAAGGCCAUGUUUGGUUAUAUGAUUCUCAUCUUCUUAGGUGGCUGACUUAUUUCUUCAAGAAAAUACAACGGAAAGAGUCAAACUGUUUACGUUGUUUUCUGGCGAAGAAGACGAAUUGCUAGCAAGGUAUAUAAUUCACUGUGUACUGUUGAAGCCACAUUUCAACGUCAUAUGCAAAUUACGAAGAAAGCAGAAUAAAUCAUGUCCGUAAUUUCUGGCCAUGAUAUAGAGAAUAUGAUAUACAAUUAUUUUCAUCUUCAGAGCGUGUUCUGGUGCUUUGGCUGUUGUUACGGAAAAUCCAAAAGUUUGCGAUAAAGUAGCUGAGGUACACCACCAUAAGUACUAUUACAACAUUUAGAUAUAAUUAAUUUAGCUCCAUGCGACUGUUUUUGCUGACUAUGUUUUGCAAUUUUGAUAAAGGUGAAACCGUGGCUAGAAAUACUUCAAGGUCUGUUACUGUCUGAAAACAAAGAGCUGAAAUACAGGUACAAAAACUGAACGAGGUGUUGGACGUAAAGGCCCUGUCACACUAUUGCGUAUGAGAGAAACGUAUGAGAAGCGUAUGGAAAUUGAUGAAAUAAUUUUCAUACGCACAAAAAUCCUUUGAAAUGCCAGCGUAUGAGUACCGUACAUCUGGCGUACCUCUAGCGUAUCCAGCGUGUGCCUAGAAUAUGCUUAUCGUACAAGGCAUUCGUCCGAUACGCGCAAAAUUUUUGAACAUGCUUAAAAAAAUGUUCUGCCUCGCCGUAUGACCGUGCUUGAAACGUAUACAACCUAUGCCUAACGUACCCCUAGCGUAUGUCAGCGUAUACCGGCGUAUGAGUGAUAUUUUUCAUACGCUGGCAUACGCUAGUACGAUACGCAAUAGUGUGACAGGGCCUUAAAAUGGUUAGCGCAUGCGUUUUUCACCGAAGUGUGUCAGAUUUGAUUCCGUUACCUCAUUAAAUUUUGCACAAAAUAGAUAAACUAAAUGAAAACGAUUCUUUUGAAGGGGAUCUUUUAUUGUCAGAAAUUUGAUGAACGCAAAUAAAGCUAUUGCAGAAAAGGUGAGACGAACUUAUUCAUUAAUUUACCCUUGAAGUGGCAAUGCACCCUGAUACGCCCUACUUUAGUAUUUUACUCUGUCUAACACCAGACAAUUUUACUCGUCAAUGGACCAUUUGCAUUAUAGACUAAAUUUUGAUCUAGGCAAAAAUUUCAUCACAGCUUGAAAGAGUAUCACAAAAUUAGUAAUAUUCCAAAGUUUCGUUGCGAAAUGUUGUAAAAUGCGGAUAAUAUAGCCUUGCGAAGUUUGCCGUUUUUCAGUCAUUUUGUAUUACGCACGGGAAAUUGACCGCCCAAUCGGGUCUUGGGGCAUCAAUUUCCCGUUUGUAAUACAAAAUAACUGAAAAUUGCAAAUUCCGCAAGGCUAUAUUAUUAUCCGCAUUUUACAACAUUUCGCAACGAAACUUUGGAAUAUUACUAAUUUUGUGUUGCUCUUUCAAGCUGUGAUGAAAUUUUUGUCUAGACCAAAAUUUAGUCUAUAAUGCAAAUGGUCCAAUCACUGAACCUUUUUAGAACAGGGAUAGAUAG